AGUCGAAGUGUCACUUAAUUUAGUUAACCAAAACCAAACCCAAACAAUCUUGUGAUGAAAGUGUCAGUGUUAUUUCUCGUAAUUUAAUUUAAUUUUGUAAAUUCAAAAUGUAUUUUGCUUUAGGAUGGCCUAAAGUACUAAAUUUGCCACAUUUAAAUAACUGCUCAAUUCGUCAAGUAAUAUGUAACAGGGACAAAACCUACUUUGCCAUUCUGUCAGAUGACACUUUGUCAAUAUUUUUUUGCAAGCCAUGUCUUCCAAUUACACUGCACAGGCGGUCUCACGAGUCUGUGGAAGAUAUUGGAAUGAACGAGUCUGUAGAAUGGAGGCCGGACUCAAGUAUGCUGGUUGUUGCUACAUCUGGAGGGUUCCUCGUGUACUACCACCUGACAGCGGACAGCUGGCAAAAGGGACUGUAUGAGCAGGUUGACUCGCCCCAACCUAACCUCCGCAGAGACAGUGCAGAGCUAUUUGUCAAAGAGGUUGUGCCGCCCCUUCAACUGUCUUUGGGCCAGGAAGUAGCCGUGGGAGGAGGUAUUCUCAGCAUGGUCUGUAUGAGAGAUGAGCUGAUGGUCUCUACCACACGAGGCCAUGUGCUGAGAUACCGCUGGGACUGUACACAGAACAGAGAUUACUGCCUGGACCUGCGCAGAAUACCUUUCUGUAUAGACCAACAGGUUUCCAAAGCUGUGCCUAUCGUCCAGCAGAACACCUACAUUACACACAUAGACUACUCUCCUCUCAACUGUGGGUUUGCUGUUGUCUUUAACGACGGCCGAGCUGCUUUCUUGAUUGCUCCCAGCUACAAGUUUGAUCCGAACCAAGUUCAAGGCAUCUGGGCUCCCAACAUUGAUGAUGCAACUUGUGCCACAGUGAACCACAAGUAUAGACUCAUCACCUUCGGGAGAAAGAAUUCUCAUGGUGCAGUUUUCUGUAUGGAUGAGAGUAGUGGAGGUCUUGAGUUGUGUCAUGAGCUCAGUCUGUCUCCACAAGUCUAUCCUGGGGAAGUGGGGCCUGUAUGUUGUCUUAGGUGGACCCCUGAUGGAUGUGCGAUGGCCAUGGCCUGGAGUAGAGGAGGAUUCUCAGUGUGGAGCACAUUCGGAGCUCUGCUGGUCUGUAGUCUAGGAUGGGACUACGGUCUACAUGUGGAUCUUGCCAGGUUCAACCCACUCAACAUAGUGGACAUGGAAUGGUCACUAGAAGGAUAUCAGCUGUGGAUGGUGAAGCGACAUGAUCCCGGAGGGAACAACAACAACAACAGUGAAAACAAUACCAACAACAACAGCGAGUCUGCCAAUGACAAUACGGAGACAACUCCGAGAGACACCAUCAUACAGCUGGGCUUUGUCAAAAGUGCCUUAACCGUCAACCCUUGCAUGAGUCGACAAACUCAUCUCUACCUGCAAGGAGAAGACAGACUGUACGUGAACCUUAGUCCUGGAUUAACAAAGGUUUAUGAGAUGAGAGCAUCCCUAGAGGAAGACAAACCCUUGCCUCAUCUCAAGGUGACAUCUGCACUGGUAGAGAACAAACAGUGGUUGGUGAUAUUGCUGCCAUCUUUGUACUCUGCAACAAAUUGGCCAAUCAGGUACACAGCGGUUGACAGUGAGGGGAGCAACAUAGCAGUGGCUGGCAAGAACGGACUCGCUCACUACUCUCUGUCCACCAAGAGAUGGAAGCUGUUUGGCAACGAGACGCAGGAGAAGGACAUGAUGGUGAUGGGAGGACUGUUAUGGUGGCAACAGUACAUAGUGGCUGGCUGCUACAGUUCACCUGAUGAGGAAGACCAGAUCCGCAUCUACCCUAGAGACAUGAGAUUGUCUAAUGAACACAUGACAAUGAUACAGUUGUCUGCUCAGAUCUUCCUGUUAGACUGUCUGCAAGAUAGAUUGUUGGUGUACUCUGCAGACGGGCAGAUCAACAUAUUUACACUGCAACAGAAUGACAACUCUAGUCCAGGCAUGGUUGUGGACGUGAGAUGUAUACAGAGGCUAGACAUGAAUGCUCUGCUGGUACAUCCUGCGUGUGUGGUGUCAGUGACAUUGACUGCUCUGCGUACAGAGCCUACCAGGAGAGAAGACCCUCACUACAGGGACAGCUUCCUGCUCAAUAUCAGCGGCAGACUGUUGAUGGUCAGCCAAAACAACAAUCAACACCAGGUGUUAGCUCCACCGCAGGGACUGGCAUCUUGUGUAGAGAAUGUGUGGGUCCCUGGCAAGUUCCUACAUGCCAAGCCUCACCUGACAGAGGCCCUGUGGCUGUUCUGUGGUGCACAGGGCAUGAGAGUCUGGCUGCCGCUGUUUCCUCGGGACGGAGACAAGUCACACACGUUUAUGAGCAAACGCAUCAUGCUGCCCUUCCAGCUCAGAAUUUACCCACUAGCAAUAUUAUUUGAAGAAGCAAUUUUACUUGGUGCUGAAAACGACACUAUGCUCUACACCUCAGAUUCUAACUCACCCUUCUCUCUACCCUUCUGUACGUUAGAGAGAACUAGUCAAGUAUACCUGCAUCAGAUUCUGAGACAGCUGAUACGCCGCAAUCUCGGGUUCCAUGCUUGGGAGAUAGCCAGAGGCUGCUCGGCAUUGCCUUACUUCUCUCACUCGUUGGAACUACUGCUUCACGAGGUCCUGGAAGAAGAAGCCACGAGUAAGGAGCCAAUCCCGGACGCUCAGCUGCCGAGUGUGGUUGAGUUUAUACAAGAGUUCCCCGUCUACCUAGAGACUAUAGUACAGUGUGCUCGUAAAACUGAGAUAGCACUGUGGCCGUAUCUGUUUGCGGCAGCUGGCAAACCUAAGGAUCUGUUCCAUGAGUGUUUGGUCAACAAACAACUAGAUACUGCUGCGUCGUACCUCAUCAUAUUACAGAACAUGGAGUCAUCCACAGUCAGUAGACAGUAUGCCACCAUGCUGCUGGACUCCACGCUGGAGAGUGGCAAAUGGGAGUUGUCCAAGGAUCUUGUUCGCUUCCUCAAGGCUAUUGAUCCAAACGAUGCGGAAUCAGCGGAUUCUCCCAGAACAUCAUUCAUCCACGCCAACAAAUACGGAGUCCCUCAACCUCCACCAGUCAACCCCAACGAGGAAGAUCUGUCCCUGGUGCUUGGCAGUAUGCAGGUUUCAAGGGGCCGCAGUUUUAGCACCACAGUGAACCCCAAGCUGCAGAUGGUAGAACCCAUGUCUCAUGCUGCGGAUGUGGCAAGUCUGCGCAGGAAAAAGUCUGUUCCCACUGCAAAAUCUGACAACAGGAGCAGGUCAUGUAUAUCCACGCCAGGUGCUGGAGGAGGGUCGGCAGAAGAGUUUUUCAUGGACGUGAUGGUACAGCGGCACGCCCGUCGUCUGCUGUGUGACCACAGACUGGGGGACCUGGGACGACUGUCUGCCCAUCUGGACUUUCCUCUGGUGGGGUGGCUUGCUAGAGAGCGUGACCGUGCUGCCAGGGUUGACCACUUUGUCACUGCACUGAAAGACCUCCACUCUGACUUCAACUGGCCUUUCCCCACACUAGUGGCUACGCAGGGACUGUUGAUCGGCAGAAAGACUUCAGCAACUUCCGGAUUCAACAAAAUUGCUUCCAAUGAUUACUGUCCAACAACAACUAACUCCUAUGGUUACAUGUCGUCUGCCAUGUCUACACCCACGUUGGACGAGAGGAUGAGGGGCCUCAGUGUUGAGGUGCCAGAGAGUGGCAGUAGAGUGGGUGACAGUGGCUACAUGAGUCAAGACCCUCUAGUGCGACCCAUUGACAACCCUCAACUCAUGCCUCACCUUGCUGAUGAGCGCAGUAUUGUCAGUGACAGUGAGAGCUGGUGGUGUGGAGAGGACUGGGAACAGUGCACCAGUGACAGUUGGAGUGACAUUCCUAGUGUGCAGCUACUAGAGCAGAUAUCACAAGAGGUGUCGGCAAACAAGGGCUCGUCCAAGGCUGAAGUGCAACUCAGAUAUCUUCUCCAAAUCCUCAUGGAAGCAGGGUGUUUAGAGUGGUCACUUCUCAUCUCUAUCUUGUUGCGAGAUGCAAUGGCUGUUCAUAGGACUACCAACGCAGCUCGCUCAGUAGAACACACAUACGAGGCAGUGAUCAGGCUCAAGGAAGGACUACUGUGUCUCUACCACUGGAGCAACACUGAAUGCCUUGGCUACAAGCCGUUCAUGAUGGCCAUACACAACCAGGCAGUGGUGUUGUCUAAGCUGCUCAGUACCAAGCCUCCACCAACCCCCGUCAGCCCACCCCCGCCCAAGGCUCGCACCCCACCCAUCAGUUCUGUCGGCGUUGCCAGGUCCAGGACGACAAGUGGGUCGAGUAUUCACUCAGAGACGAUCACAGAGCCAAACACGGAAGUGGAGGAGGAGGAAUUGGAGGAUAGAGAAGGAAGAACUUCUCCUUCCCCUUCGACAGCUUCAUCUCACACUGAGCCGACGUCUUGCAGCGUCUCGUAACUGUGGCGAUCAACGAUGAGCGAUUUUAUACCUCUCCACAUCUCACUUGGUGUGUGCAGGAGGAGAAACGAAAUAUGUUACGAAACAAAUGGUAAUGUUAAGAAUCUUUAAGCUUUAUUUAUUCUUAAGUGUUGAAAUUUCCUUUAUUUGCAUCAGUGAGGUGUCCUGGAUGAAGUGUUAGGGAGGCAUUGUAAAAGAAAAGGCAAUAUUUGUGUUUUCUUUUUGCAAAGAAGCUAUUAUUACUGUAUGAUGAGCUAUUACUGAUUGGGGUACUUCAUUAUAGGGCUCUGGAAUCCAAAAAUACAGUUUGUUCAAACUUGAGGUUAUGUUUUUUAGGGAAAGCCGUUUGGCAAGAUAGGAAUUUUUCAAAAAGGAAUCCCUAGGUUCCUUGUUUCUAGGGUUCAACUACCUUUCCUGAGAAGAUUAGAGCCCAGGGGCUGAUGGAUUAAC